AUGCGGCCCUACGUGCUGUACUACUUCCUGGAGGACGACACCAUCUCGGUAGAGGAGGUGCACACCCCCAACGACGGCCGCGACCCCUGCUGCGUGAUGCUGCGGCGCAUGCGGCUGCCGCGCGACUGGCGCGACCUCCCAGUGGACUUCCCGUCGGUUGUGCUGGAGACCACGGACGAAGAAGUCACCUCGUACUACACGCCCUCGGACCUGGUCGUGGGGCGCACCAUCUUCGUGCUGGGUCGCCGCUUCUUGCUGUACGACUGCGACAGCUUCACCCGCAGGUACUACGAGCACAUGCUGCACAUCACGCAGCCCGGGCCCGUGCAGGUGUUCGAGCCCCCCAAGCCGCCCAAACCGAUCGUUCUGCGCUACACGGCGCACCUGGACCCUAUCCACCCGGAGGACGAGGGCCGCAUCUUCCUCAUCCAGUACGGCCUGGCAGAUGGCACCCUCAAGAUCACGGAGCCGCCGAUCGACAACUCGGGCCGCACGGGCGUCAAAUUCCUCAAACCCAUCCGCGUGCCCAAACCAGGAGCCGAGCCCGACGACCUCGACUUCUACUCCCCCGCAGACUUCUACAUCGGCGCCCGAAUCAUCGUGUUCCAGAACCACUUCAUCAUCGACGGCUGCGACCUGCACGUGUACCGCUACAUGCAGGACAACCCGGAGAAGUUCCCGCCGGCCGUGGUGGAGAACGUGCGCGGGUGGCUGGCGGGCCGCGGGCUGCUCACCGACGACGUGUGCGCGCGCGCGCUGGAGGCCGAGCGGCGAGGCCAAGGCAGCGGAGGAGGCAGCGCGGGACAGCGCACCCCGCCACGCGGCCCACGACCCGCCCCGCCGCCGCCCCCGGAGCUUAAGACGUGGGAGAUGCCGUGCCCGGAGCCGCCGCCGCCGCUGCCGUGCGUGGCGAGCGCCGGGCCCGCCGAGCCCAUCCCGCCCGACCCCGCGGCCUGCGACACGCUGGGCCGCCUGGCGGUGGAGCGCGAGCACUCGCACCUGGGCUCGCAGGGCGAAUUCCCCGGCGGGCCGGCCUAG